AAUAGGGUGGAUGGACGGACGGAUGAACGGACAUUUUGGUAUGCAGCUGGUGGUGAUGGAGGUGUGGCUGGUUGUUGCCAUCCUCUAUCUUCCCACUCUCACGCAAUGCAGCCCACUGUUUGUAAUGUCGGCUCCUAACCCGCUGAGGGUGGGCGCCCCAGAGAAAGUGUUUGUGGAGGCACAGGAUUACACUGGAGGUGCUUUUGACGUCACAGUCAGGGUGAAAGACUUUCCAUUCAAGACCAAGCUGUUAGCCGAGCAGACAUUACAGCUAAGCCAGAACAACAACUAUCAAGCACUGGUAGAAAUCACAAUCCCGAUGGGAGAUGGUGUCUUCGAUGACGACAGAGGCAUAAACCAGUACGUGUAUCUGAUAGCCCAGUUCCCAGCGAAGGUGAUGGAGAGAGUGGUGCUGGUCUCCUUUCAGUCCGGAUACAUCUUUGUACAGACUGACAAGACCAUAUACACACCAUCCAGCACUGUUCGCUAUAGAAUCUACAGCCUGGAUGUCUCCAUGAAACCUUCAGAAGAGCCAGUAACUGUGGAUGUAGUGGAUGCGGAAGGGGCAGUAGUAAGCCGGGAGGAUUUGACCCCACACAAGGGUGUCUGCUCAGGAGAUUACAAACUUCAAGCCUUCGGAAGCACUGGGACAUGGACAAUUGUGACUAGAUUCAAAAGUACACCACAGAAUAACUUCACUUACAACUUUGAGGUGAAGAACUAUGUCCUGCCCCAAGUGGAGAUUAUGCUGUCACUUCAGAAGUCCCAUUUCUACAUUGAUGAUGAGGAACUCAUGGUGAAUAUCACUGCCAGGUACUUGAAUGGGAUGGAGGUGACUGGUGCUGCCUUCAUUGAGUUUUCAUUGCAACAUCUGGAGACAGACCACAGGAGUGUAGCAGUAGCAACUCAGAGAGUGAAG